UUAAUUAGUUUUGUUUCUUCUUCUUCUUCUUGUUCUUCUAGCAUAGUUGAGUUAAUUAAUUGAUAUUAUCAUAAUAAGCCCUUUUUAUUCUCAUUAAUUGCAAUCUCAACCCCUCCUUCUUCUUCCAGAUCUGACUCAUUUCACAAUUCACUAAUUUUCUUCUCAAAUGGAGGCCAAUUCUGGAGGAGGAGGAGGAGGAGCGGGAGGACCACCGGUGGGACCACCGACUACGGCUGUCGCGGCGUCUGCUGCUACCGGUGGUGGUGGCGGCGGCGGAGGGAAUGACGUGGAGCUACUCUGCAAGACGCUUCAGGUGGAGCACAAACUGUUCUACUUCGAUCUGAAGGAGAAUCCUCGCGGCCGUUAUCUCAAGAUUUCGGAGAAGACCUCCGCCACUCGCUCCACCAUCAUCGUUCCUUUCUCCGGCAUCUCCUGGUUCCUCGAUCUCUUCAAUUACUAUGUCAAUUCCGACGAUCAGGAGGUCUUCAGCAAGGAAUUGCAGCUCGAUACCAAGGUCUUCUACUUCGACGUCGGCGAGAAUAGAAGGGGUCGUUUCCUCAAGGUGUCCGAAGCUUCUGUGAGCAGAAACCGCAGUACUAUCAUUGUUCCUGCUGGAAGCACCCGGGACGAAGGGUGGGCAGCAUUUAGGAACAUCUUGGCUGAGAUCAAUGAGGCGUCAAGGCUUUUUAUACUACCCAACCAGCAAAGUGCUGAAUCUUCAGAACGCAUUGUUGGGCUUUCAGAUGAUGUUGGUGCCGGCUUCAUAUCUGGCCAUAGUAGUCAACCAGCCACAACCACUGAACUGAACAUGGAUAGAUCCGUAGAGUUGCCAGCGCAGGACGAAAUUGGUAAUAUGGGAGUCUCGAAAGUUAUCAGGGCUGAUCAGAAGAGAUUCUUCUUUGAUCUUGGGAGCAAUAACAGAGGUCAUUUCCUAAGAAUAUCUGAGGUUGCGGGUUCUGAUCGGUCUUCCAUCAUUCUCCCACUGUCUGGACUCAAGCAGUUCCAUGAAAUAGUGGGUCACUUUGUGGAGAUCACCAAAGACAGAAUUGAAGGAAUGACAGGAGCAAAUGUUCGAACAGUGGAGCCCCCACAGAGAUAGGCGAAUGCAAACAUGGGUUUUUUGGUGAUUAAAUAAAUAAUUCCUGUCUGCCAAAGGUUGCUGAUCUAGAGGUAGAAGUGGGAUUUUGAUUAGGGGUGGGAUUGUGCGUUAAGCUGUUUGUUCUGUAAUUUUUUCUUUUUUUUUUCUUCUUCUUCUUCUUUCUCUCUUCGUUCUAUUAUUCAAGUCUGAAAUAAUCCGAUUCCUAUCUGAGCAACCUAGAAUUCGGAGAUAAUUGUGAAGCUUGAAUUGAAUUAGGGAAUAAUAGGAAAACCAACCAAGAUACUUGUAAUUGCCAGUUUGAAUAGUGUCCCUUCUCAUUUACUAUAACGUAAUAAUGAUAAUUGCAGCUGUGCUUUAUUCU